CCGUACUCCUGCCAGCAUGGUCCCAGAAUUUCUCAACGCCUCUUUCCCCCAGACCUUCUUCACCUGCUAUCAUGGCCGAAAACACAGUCGAGUAUCGUAGGCUAGGAGGAACAGGCCUCAAGGUUUCCGUACCCAUUCUCGGUGCCAUGAGUUUUGGCUCACCGGAUUGGGCACCUUGGGUUUUAGGAGAAGAACAAUCCCUUGAGAUCUUAAAAGCUGCUUGGGACCGCGGGAUCAACACCAUCGACACUGCGAAUGUGUAUUCCAAUGGGGAAUCUGAACGUAUUGUAGGAGUUUUCCUGGAGAAGUAUAAAAUUCCUCGCAAUCAAGUCAUCAUUGCAAGCAAGUGUAAUAAUCUCGUCGCUGAUGCACCAGGAAUCAGGACUAUCCUUCAUCCUGAAUUGCGCAAGAAACGUCAAUACGUCAACCAAUAUGGUCUCUCCCGCGCUGCUAUCUUCAACGCUGUCGAGGCCUCACUCGAACGUCUCAACACGCCUUAUAUCGAUCUCUUACAAAUUCACCGAUACGAUCCUGACACUCCGGCCGAGGAAACCAUGAAAGCAUUACACGACCUCGUGCAGAGUGGGAAGGUCCGUUAUAUUGGUGCGAGUUCGAUGAGAACCUGGCAGUUCGCGCAUCUCAACGAAGUGGCUGGGAAGAAUGGGUGGACCAAGUUUGUCAGCAUGCAAAACGAGUAUUCACUGUUGUAUCGGGAAGAGGAACGUGACAUGCUUCCAUAUUGUAGGUUCCAUGGAAUCGGUGUGAUCCCGUGGGCACCUCUUGCUGGCGGUAGCCUCGCGCGUCCCUUGAGCAGUGAUACCACCAAACGCAUCGAAUCUACCAAGGGUACUAUCUUCGAACAGAAUUUUACUGAGGCGGACAAGACCAUCAUUUCUCGUGUCGAAGAACUCGCCAAAAAACAUAAUGUUGCCAUGUCACAAGUCGCUCUUUCUUGGAGUUCGUCCAAGAUUGCGAGUCCUAUCGUGGGGACUUCGAGUCUCAAGCGACUGGAAGAAAACAUUUCCUUUGGGCUCAAGUUAACUGAGGAUGAGGUCAAAUAUUUGGAGGAACCAUACGAGCCUAAACGUGUCCGUGGACACCUCUAGAGGCAUUUGGCAGUGAAAGAAUGUGUAUUGAUAUGUAUGUGUGGACUGUGUUGUUCUCCACCUGUUCGUUGUGUUCGUUGUGUUGACCGAGGAAUAUGAACAAGCACUCUUGUGUCAUCCCAGUGCUCAAUGGAUGCCACCAGUGAAGUCCUCGGAACCGACUCGCGACCUCCGUCAUCAUUUUUGUGGGACUUGUGCCGGCGAGCCCUGGGUUCCACAGCAUAUAUCCCUACUUCCUAUACGCUAUUUAGCUUCAGAGAUGAGUCUAUUGAC